GCUGUUAUGUUGUUUGGUGGCUGGAGCCGAAACAUGGCUGACUUCGUUACAAUGAAUGACUUGAUGUCGUUGAAGGACCGACUCAUUUCMUGGGGAUUCGCCGAGAACAACAUUCGGACGUUUUUCGCCAACGGUAUAAACAUGAGCAUGGACGACGACGGUAUCAUCAGCUCAACGACCACCAACAACAUCGAACCAGCUGACAAGUUAAACAUACGUAGAUAUAUCAAAGGCGUCUGUAGCGCUGCGCGGUGUGCCGACACGUUCUUCUUAUACCUGUCCAGCCCGGCCAGGAGAGACGGCAAUGCAAUACUCUGGGACGCUAACGGCAACGGAAUCGUAGAAAGUGACGAGAUUUACACGUCCAAGGAGUUCCUGCACGACAUAUCGCACUGUUCUGCGCGCCGGGUGGUCGUGUUCGUCGACCAGAGCUACAGCGGCAUGCUGGCGCUGCACGCUCAGUUCCAACGUCGUCGCGUCGAAAACGUAAUGAUCAUACCGACCACUAGCAUGGACGACUGGACGCCCAGGCACACUUUUAACGCAUACAUGAGGGAGUCCAGCAGGACUGCCUGUCUGUCCGAGUACAUCAAGCCUUUCCAAGAAUCCCAAAUGAUGCCACCGGUGUACACAGGUGUUUUUAUGGAGCAAGAGAUGAGGAACAUCUCAAUAUCGGGCAUUAGGCCAUGCGUCCAAAGAUAAUCAUAUAACAACAAAUAACAUGAUGGAUAUAAUAGGUAAUAUCCAAGACCGCACCGACAGCCAUUUUCUAUCCAACAGCACAUCAAUCGUCGAGUCAGUGGCAACAUAAUAUUUAUAUUUAUAUCAUUCCUCUCAUUAAAUUUAAAUAACAUUAAUUAUUUUUUGCAUGUAUCGUAAGUAUACGAUUAUUAUUAUUUGUAGGUAGCACGAAGUGUUCACUUCAAGGAUGUUGUUUAUUUUUAUUUAUUUUUUUUUUUAUUAUUAUUAUUAUUAUUAUUAUUAUUAUUAAUUAAUAUUAUUAAUUUGUUUAUGCUUUUAAACAAAAAGUAUUAAUUUAACUAUCUAGCUGCAGUAUGCUCACAACACUAUGAUGUAUAGUAAUUUGAUAUUAUAUAAAAUAUUUGAACGUAUUUCGUACUAACUACAAUGCGAAUAUAGGCGGA